GCCAAGGCCAGAUAUAAAACGAGUCGAGGUUCAAAUACCAUAUCUUUAAUCUUUCCUACUUGUAGUCCAUAACUCUCGAGGUCCUAGGAUAUGGAUGUACAAGGUCGUUUCUUGCCUAUGACAAGACCGCUUUGUCAGAAUCAUCAGAAUCACCAAUGUGCGACAUAAUCGCCAAAGCAUAGUCACUGACAUUGCUUCCGAGAUGACAACCGCCAAACCAUCCUCUUUUCGUCUGCUGAUACUUGCACCAGCAACCCCAUCAACAUCAGUACCACCUUUUGCCAGUCUCUUGGAAGCCAUUACUGGCACAAAACCCUCAGAUGAAGUCACAGUGUUUGCGGGGUAUACCUCCCACCCGCCACUGGAGCUGAGAACAAAAUAUUACAACGCCGAUGUAAGUAUAUGGUGCGAUAAGUUGCCCAUCGAAACCACAGGAGCAACCCAGCGCGAAGCCCGGCAGCCAGAUACAAAGGCGAGAAAGGAGUCGGAGGAUGACUCCCCUGGGGAUGGUGCAAAUAACGACUCUUCUUCGACACUCGACGGGUGGAAGUCUCAAAUGCUCUCGCCCGCCGCUGCCGAAGUCCGCGCUGUAAUCGGCGGUAUCAUUCUCAUCCUACCAAUAUCGGCAAAUCCUGCAAUCCCAGAUUCUUACGUGUCGCUUGUCGAAGCAGUCCACUCCUUCCGGGAGGCAGUCGAGGACGACAGCUACGGUCGGGAUAUCGCUUCAAUCGUGGUCUUGCAAUCCACAUCAUCCAACGUCAAACCAGAGAAACUCGCCAAAGCCUUGGAGGACUUGGAAGAAACCUGUCUGUCCGACAGGGGCAUGCUAGGAUGGGACUUUGUGUCCUGGGAUGGAGACAGCAACCCGGCUGAGCGCGAUAGUGAGCGCAAUGAGUACGGCGAAAAGACUGGUAUUCCACGAGUCGUUGAAGUUCUCGAAGGAGUCGAUUGGUCAGCUUUCCCCGACCCUGGGGCGGACGACGGCGAGUUUGGUGUUGAUGAUUUGGACGACAACUACGACGACGACGAUGAUGGGCGCUUCCCAACAAAUAUACUCGGUAACGCCAGGCUUUCUGGCUUGGAUCACGAACUACAACGCGAGAUGAUGGAAUUGAAAAUGUCGCUCGAGGAUGAGCAGGAGGUCGAUGAUAGUGCACAGGAUACGAGCCCAGCAGAAAGAACGGCCCCGGAAGACGAGGACGUGCAGGUCGAGCAGUUGCAAGGUCUGAUGGAGCGAGUCAUUGGCAUCCGUGAGGCUGGAAGCGAAAUGUCCCAGGCUGACCGAGAGAAGUUCGCAAGGAGAGAGAUUGCGAGAAUAAUGCAAGAAUUGGGAUAGACCAAACAUGCUUGUUCAAAUUUCUGUCUAGUAGUCAUUCACCUUGAGCAGUGAUCGCAUCAUAUCACAUCGUGAUCGAAGUCUCCGUUUCUUGACCUUGAUUUCCAUCCCAGAGCGGCAACCACCAUCUCGCUGCCAGAACUUGAAGCCUAGCUGUGGUGAACUCGCAGCCCGCUCACCUCUCCUUCGGACGAGGGUGAUGCC